AUGGUGAAAGAAAAUGGUCUGGUACUAUUAGCACUGGUGGGUGUCAUUGUCGAGGAACCAUGUCGUCCAGAAAUGAAUGAAGCCGUGAGAGACUGCAAGAAUGCCAGAGUAGAUGUCAAGUUGUUCACGGGCGACGAUGUUUCCACGGCAAUACACAUAGCCAGAGAGUGUGGAAUACUAACAGAUCCAUACCAGGAGGGAGAAGUAAUAAAUGGUGAGGAGUUUCGAAGCUACACUCUGAAGGAAAGAGUGCAAAAAGUUGACAAAAUCAGAGUCAUGGCAAGCUCAUCUCCUGAUGAUAAACUCCUAAUGGUAAAAACCUUGAAGGAAAAAGACAACAUUGUUGCAGUGUGUGGCAAUAGCAAAAACGAUGUAUUGCCAAUGGUUGAAGCUGAUGUAGGAAUCUACAUGGGUACGGAAGGCACCGAUGUCGGCAAGAAGAUCUCCAACUUCGUAAUCUUGGAUGAUAAUUUUGCAGCAGUAGCCGAUGUACUGAAAUCAAGCAUAUGCAUUUACAACAACAUACAGAAAUUCAUACAGUUCCAGCUCACUCUCAAUCUUGCUGUCCUUGAUAUCGUCUUCAUGUCAGCAGUUUUUAAAGGUGAAAUCCCAUUUAACUCGGCCCACGUAUUGUGGUUGAACUUGGUUAUAAGUACACUGGCUGCUCUGGCUCUUGCAACAGAGAAGCCCACCAAGGAACCCAUCAAGAGGCAACAUUUGGGCAGGAAAGAGCCACUCAUAUCCAAUGUCAUGUGGAGAAACCUCUUGGGUCAAGUUGUAUACCAGAUUGUCGUGGUUUUCACACUAAUGUUCAAGGCCAAAUCAAUUUUGGGUGUUGACGAUAGUGAGGGCGAAAUUUUUUUUUUAAAAAGAAAUGCCUUGAUCUUCAAUGCUUUCAUGCUCUGCCAAGUUUUCAAUUUAUUCAAUGCAAGAAAUCUAGAGAGUAUCAAGAAGGUGUUUAAGGGAAUACACAGGGACAUUACGUUUCUACUGAUCAUUGUAAUAACCAUUUGUCUUCAGUUAGUGUUUGUGGAACUUUUUCUGCAUAACCAUGAUUAUGCAAUUAAGAGGUUGAAGUUGAAGCAGUGGGGUAUAUGUUUUGGAGUUGCCCUCAUUUCUUAG